GCGGCCGGACGCGCGGCGGCGGCAGGUGCGCAGGGGAACGAGCCGGGCAGCAGCCUUCCCAGCCACCGCGGUACAGGAACCCCAGCAAGUCGGGCGCCGGGACUCGGGCGGGCUCCCAAGAUGCCAGCGAUCGCGGUGCUCGUGGCGGCCGCCGCGGCGUGGUGCUUCCUCCAAGUGGACAGCCGGCACCUGGACGCGCUGGCCGGUGGCGCGGCCCUCAACAACGCCAAUUUCCUAGACAAUGACCAGUGGCUGAGCACCGUCUCCCAGUAUGACCGUGACAAGUACUGGAACCGCUUCCGAGAUGAAGUUGAGGAUGACUAUUUCAGAAACUGGAAUCCCAACAAGCCCUUUGACCAAGCCCUGGACCCAUCCAAGGACCCUUGCCUGAAGGUGAAAUGCAGCCCGCACAAAGUAUGUGUGACCCAGGACUACCAGACAGCCCUGUGUGUCAGCCGCAAGCACCUGUUGCCCAGGCAAAAGAAGGGGAAUGUGGCUCACAAGCACUGGGUUGGACCUUCAAAUCUAGUUAAGUGCAAGCCUUGCCCCGUGGCGCAGUCAGCGAUGGUCUGCGGAUCUGAUGGCCACACGUACACGUCCAAGUGCAAGUUGGAAUUCCAUGCUUGUUCUAUGGGCAAAAGCCUCAGCUCCCUCUGUGAUGGGCCCUGUCCGUGUCUGCCUGAGCCUGAGCCACCAAAGCCCAAGACAGAAAAGAGUGCCUGCACAGACAAGGAGCUGAGGAACCUCGCUUCCCGGCUGAAGGACUGGUUCGGGGCUCUUCAUGAGGAUGCCAACAGAGUCAUCAAGCCUACCAGCUCUGAUAUAGCCCAAGGCAGGUUUGACACCAGCAUCCUGCCCAUCUGCAAAGACUCCUUGGGCUGGAUGUUCAACAAGUUGGACAUGAACUAUGACCUCUUGCUGGACCACUCGGAGAUCAAUGCCAUCUACCUUGACAAAUAUGAGCCCUGCAUCAAGCCUCUCUUCAACUCGUGUGAUUCCUUCAAGGAUGGCAAACUCUCCAAUAACGAAUGGUGUUACUGCUUCCAGAAGCCAGGAGGUCUCCCUUGCCAGAAUGAAAUGAACAGAAUUCAGAAGCUGACCAAGGGGAAAAGCCUAUUGGGGGCAUUCAUCCCUCGGUGUAACGAGGAGGGCUACUACAAAGCCACACAGUGCCAUGGCAGCACGGGGCAGUGCUGGUGUGUGGAUAAAUAUGGGAACGAGCUGGCUGGCUCCAGGAAACAGGGCACUGUAAGCUGUGAAGAGGAGCAGGAAACCUCCGGGGACUUUGGCAGUGGAGGCUCCGUGGUCCUGCUAGAUGACCUAGAUGACGAGCGGGAGCUGGGACCAAAGGACAAAGAGGGGAAGCUGAGGGUGCACACCCGGGCGGUGAGGGAAGAUGAUGAGGAUGAAGAUGACGACAAAGAAGACGAGGCUGGGUACAUAUGGUAGUGUCCACCAGAAGAGGACUCGCUUUUGGCACAGAUCUGCAAGUUGUUUCCUUUGCCUGCGUUUGUAUCUAAGACUCCGAGGCACCGGAGUCUCUUCUCCACUGUUGCUCUCUGUACCGGGGCCUGAGGUUUGGAAGACCCUUUUCCCAGAGCGUCUGAAUUUGCAUACAGUUGUGUGGGAGAAAGGAUGUUAUUUUCAUUCCUUGUUUUUUGUUUUCAUUGGAUGAGAAGAUGGUCUGGCUUAAUUAAAGCCUCCGUCUCUCCCUGUGAGGUUUUUGCAACUAGCAUGUGAUUUACGUGGAAUCCAACAGUGCGGGGAGCCCCACCCUCUCAAAUGUCAAAGACCCUCUCUGAUUACCCACGCGGUGGUUCUUUCAGCAUGGUUCCCAGCCUUAUGAUGUCUCCGUGCUUUUCUUGUGUCCUGUAGCUGUUGUGGAAAACAUACCAGGCUGUCUCCUUUUCCUCCUGUCUCUGCCACCUCUGGUGUUUAUUAUUAAAAAUUAAUUUUCAUGUCACUGUAUCUGGCUUCCUACAAGCGACAGCCUUAAUUCAGUCAAAGUCCCUUUGGAUAAUUCAUUUCUUUUCUUACAAAUUAAGAUCUUGAUGCUCGCCUCUCCCCCCAUCCAUGCAUAGACUGUGCUUGCAUGACGUGCAUACACACCUCCCAGCCGUGUGUCUGAUUGUGUACUGGAAACACCUCCCAGCCGUGUACGUGGUUGUGUACGGAAAACACCUUAGAUAAAAAAUGGCUUUUAGUCAACAGCUCCAGACCCAGAACACAAACGGGGGAUGAAAUUCCUCUGGGAGUCUGGUUUACACUGGCUCUUGGCAUGUAUAGCUUGCAGCCUGGGCAGGCUCCUCUAUGCCGUCGCAGAGUGACUGGAAGCCUUUUUGAUUUGGAUGAGCCUCCGUUUGCCUAAAUUGUUUUUACCCACAGAAGCCAUGCAACUCCCACAUGGGCAGCUUCACAAGCCAUUUCUUCACUUCCACUCAAAGCUUCCCCCUCAGGAUACAAUGUAUCUACCUGCGGCAGCUUCUUUCCCUGUCCACCCAAGGGCUUUUUCCUAUGGUGUUCCUCACUGAGCCCCUGCUCCCCAAAACGAGAGCAUCAUUAUAAUGCUUAGAAGAAAAUUUAGGGUUCUUCAUUGCUUCCUUCGACCCCCUUUCUAUCCAGAAAUCACCACCAGGGUAUAGAGGCUUUAAAGGUUUCUCUUCCUCACCCAUUAUUUAAUAGGAACCCUCAAUGGAAGCCUAGAGAUUCCUAGUCGCACAAGAGGCUAGUCCACUCGUCAGCAGCCAUCUCUCUGACACAGGCCGAUGUUAACACACUGCUGAAGUGAUUUUACUGUUUGUCCCCCAAGCUUGCUAUUGGCUUCUGGUUUCAGUAGUGAUAUCAUCUCAAUAUUUUUCAGAUUUCUUUCCCACAAGUACCAAAGAGUAGUCUUCAGUGAGAUCCUAUUCAGGUCAGGGCCAGUCCCAGGCUCUGUCCAAUUCUUCCUACCUAGCUAGUUGCCCUACCCAGCCACAUUCUGCCAGACACUCCCUCUCCAUGGUCCUUGCCUUCCCCCAUAGUUUAAAGCCAGUCCACAAGACAGAUCCAUCAACUCAGGCAAAAAUGGUAUUUGGUUAAACGGAGAUCAUGGAGGCAGAGCCAGCCUCCCACCCCAAACUGGCUUUCUGUAUUUAGGAAGCUGCCUUCAGUUAGCAUUCCCUUCCUUGAACAGGAUGUGCAAAGUGACAUCAGCCCUCAUGGGAAAUGAAUACACAUGGUGCCCUUCACCCUGGCCUGGUAUACACACGCGUAGAGCCAGGGAGCUGAGAUUCUGUGUGCUUCCUCCUUAUGAGAUGCAAACCCGCUCAGUUUUUGGGAUCUCAAUGCCAUCCUUCCCCGCCCCUCUAGUUUGUUUCUUCUUCCCACUCUCAAAACUGAUCAUAAUUUAGAAAACAGGUGCUUAAUCACAGCUAAAUUGUAAUAGAAUACAUUAAAAAGACAUAUUAGAAAUCUCGGCCUAGGCAUCCGCAGAAGCCAUUGUUGUUGUUUCCUUUGAGCUCGGGGACCAAAAAAGUGCACAAGAGAACAAAUUAACAAUCGGCAAAUUGAUUUCUCUUUGAGAAACUUCUAGGAACCCAAUGAGCCACUUACUUUGUCUAAUUAUCUUAUGACAAGUGUCACAUUAAGAUGACACUUAGAAGUCCUUAACAUUAUCUUAAUGGUGAAUAAGAUCGCUCAGUAGGCAAUUCCCGGGAAGGUAAUGAGAUGUUGUUUCCAGAGACAUUCCAAGAAGAUAUAUUUUGAUUCAUUAAAAUAUUAAAUCAAAAGCCCUCCUACGUCUGGAGCCCACAUCAACAAGGCAGCCAGUGCCACUUCUUAUGCCCCACUUUGGGUUUUAAAGACGGCUAUUUAUAAUGGUACUUAAGGUUACACUUUUGUUACAUUCUCCUGAGAAAUAGUACUUCUGCUGGCCUCUUUUUGGAAGGAAGGAGCCUUUCAUCCUAAAAAUCAGGUGAGCAUAUGAGACAUCAGUUGAUCCUGUUACUCUGAUUCCAUAAACAGCUAUCUACUACCAUUGCUGUGACAGCCAAUUUAAACCCCAGAAUUCUCUUCUGCCAGGGUUCAUUGUCAGCCAUAUUAAUAUGUUUUACAGAUUUUCUCAGCAUGAGGAUGGCUUCACAUGGCUUUCUCUCUGUCCCCUCUUUAUGGCCACGUCCCUAUGUAUACAGGAAAUAAUGAUGUGUCUGUCCAGGUCUGCCCUCUGCUUGUCCCACAAUGCCAUUGACAUUGGCUUUGGUUUGGUUUUAUCUUGACCACACUGUACAAUAACAUCCAAGAGCCCUUUCUACAGUGGGUGGUUUUGGUCUUUUUACACCUUUUCUCGGUCACUGAUGUUUGUCCCUGUUCAACGUGUAGCCCUAUAACAAAAGCCCAUCAAAUUCAGAGUGUCAGUCUGUUGUCCCUAUUGUAGGUGAAAUAGUGACGUAGAAAAUCUAGUAUUCUGAAUGCUUUUCCAUGUAGACCUUUCUGGAAUGUGAACACGACUCUUUGGUUAAUAGCAAGCACUUCCCUGUAGUCCUGAGUAGGCGCAGUUCUGUCUGUCUGAAUAAAUUUUACUUUGUCCGCAGCAUGU